AAGCCUUUAAUCACAGAAAUUAACAGCUGCACCCAUGAGAGUGGUGGUGGUUCAGUUCUACGCGAGUAGUCGAGGACAGAUUACCGCUGGCAGCUUGCAUCAUGUACUGCGAGUUGUCCGUAUGCACGUUCGCAUGAACAAGCAUGCAUGGACCAUGGGAAUCACAUGUGAAGGUAUGCGUUUUUCGGCCAACUCACGAGCAACGAUUCUAGGACCGGGAACGCUUGAAGAAAAGGGAGAUCUUGGGGUACGUAUCAACAAGAAAAGAACGUCAUAAUAGUGCGCGUCAACGACACGCGCAAGGGGUCGGUCGCCGAACAAGAAGCGGGUUAGAAACCGGUCGUUCGCUGAGUUUCCGACCGGCGGGUGAGAUGGACGACCCAAGACCGAGCUGCGCCGGUUGAAGAGCCCGUGCGGUCGCUGCGACGGCAUUAGGGAGUGCUGGGCAGAGGAGACGGUCGAGAAGCGGGACAGCGUGUACUAGCAUUACAACUGCGAGUAUUACAGGAACGUCAAGCAGUUUUGCCUCUCGCGGUACAAGAUCCAGAAUACGCGAGAGACACCGGGGACCACGGUGUAGACGAAGGCCUCGACAAAGCGGGGUAGGAAGGGCGACAAAGAAGGGCGGCCAAGUAAGCGGAGGAAGCGUGCUGUGGAAGAUGUCGA